AUGGAGACGAUCGUACUGCUGGAAGCCGUUCUUCAUGACUACACUCCUCGCACUAAAGUGUCGAAUCCGUUCAAGCCCAAGGAAAGCCGAUGGUUGUCUGCACUUCGUCCAGCGAAAGCUGCUUCAGCUCGCGAGAUCGUCGGGAAGAUACAGCUUGUUCGACGGCUAACUCCACCUCCAGCUGGACCGACGAGUCCUGUACUGACGUAUUGGCUGCGCUUCGAAGACGUUCGUAUCCGAAAUGACCGUGAUCUCCCGCUGUACAUGGAGACUGGUGCUCAACCUGUGCUACUCGAUUGUGGACCUGAUGGCCAGUGGAAAGGAUUGCACAUGCCUCGCAUGUUUGAGCAGGAGCUGUUAGUGUUUGAUCCGCUUGUGUUUGCGAGUGUGGCAAUUGGGAAACCGGCUUCUGCGAAGCCUCCUACGGCGCAGAUGCUUGUGUUGGCGUAUGGAGUCUUCGAGACGUACGUACCGCCGACCAAGUCAGCGGAACAAGUCGCACUGGAGAUGGAAGCUCUCUCCGACCGGUUCUUGCAGACGGUCAUGGAGGUGGAGCAAGACCAACUUCAAGGCGCAGAGGGGCUAUCUCUCGAUGCUUUACAACGCAAUGCGCGUCAACUAUUUCGCAUGUUUGACCAGGACAAGUCGGAUUCGAUCGACUUCGAAGAGUACAAGCAAAUGCUGGCUUACAUGAAGGUCAAUUUGUUGGAGUCGAAAGCUAAACGCUUUUUCCGAUUGGUGGAUGACCAGAACAAAGGCUACAUUGAUGAACGAGAGUUCGUCAUUGCAAUGUAUAUAACUAACUACUUGCGCGCCCAGCAGAAGCUGCAACGGGAUGACACCAACACUACGAACUCCAUGCAGACUCUGUCACCGAUCGAUGUAUUUCAUCAAUUGGAUGGAGACCGAGACGAGCUUCUAAACGCCUUCGAGUACGAGAAAGCGCUGGAGCUGCUCGGUGUUUCUCUCAAGACUAAACGUGCUCGUAAAGUGGCACGUGCGAAGCUCCCCAAAUCGACAACGAUAUCCCUAGAACAGUUCAAACAUGCAUGGGUGGAGCUGGUGGACAAGGGUAAGAAAGUGAUGGAGAAAAUGCAGAAUGCGCUGCUAGAUGAGAUAUAUCGGGAGGAGCAGGAAAAGCUGCGUGCAGCGCUUGAAGCGAAGGAAGUUGUCGUACGCCUUGAGAAGGAGCGACGUGCAGCUGAGCAGGAAGAAUCACGGCGUUUGUUUCAGCAGCAACGUCAUGCAGCUACUUCCACGCGAACCAAAGAAGCGCUCCGUGAACGCCAAGACAAGAUUAACCGAAAGAAGGAGCGUAUGAUUAAAGAGCGACAAGCUCGCGAAGAGCGACGUCUACUUGAUCGUGCUAAAGUUGAGGCUGAAAAGCGCGUUACGCACGAACGAGAAGUGGUGCAGGAGCUCAUGGAGUCCAAGAUGGAGCGGAUCAUUCGACGUAAAGCACGCUAUGGUGACGACAUUGUCGACCUACGUGGUCGCUGCUUAAAGGCGCUCCCACACGACUUGUAUCAUGGUCGGGAUGCACUCUCAUCGCUGUCGAGUCUGCUCAUCUUGGAUUUAGCUCGCAACCAGCUUCAGAGCCUCCCAGGCGCUAUCUUCACGCAUUUAUUCUCACUGCAGUCACUGGAUAUCAGUAGUAAUGAGCUUACUGGUCUUCCAGAAGAAAUUGGUGAAGCACGUGACUUGCAGCUCCUUGACGCUCGCUCUAAUCGACUAGCGACCACCCCAAAAGGAUUGGCGAAUCUACACGAACUACGUGUGUUGCAUCUGGCAUUCAAUCAGCUGUCGAACUUUGGAGAUAAUUGCCUCGGUCUUCGCUCACUUGAAGAACUCAACUUGGCAAGCAAUAUGCUAGAGGUCCUAGCAGAUGACAUCGGAGAGUAUCUGGUGAAGCUGGUACGCCUUAAUCUGCGAGGUAAUCCGACCCUCAAGCGACUUCCGAACAGCUUACAGCAACUUCGAGAUUUGAGUAUCUGGGAUCUCAGCGCUUGUGAUCAAAAGCGGUUGGGUAGAGAUGUUUUUGGCCCGCAACUCCAGAGUCUCCGCAGUCUGAACUUGUCGUUCAACGCACUGUCAACGUUACCGGAUGGCGUUGGGGCGAUACCCAAGCUCCAGGAGCUGAAUUUCAAGUCGAACACGCUCGGAUCGCUACCGUCAGCAGUGAAUAAUCUUUCCGGACUGGUUAUUCUGAAUGGAGACAACAACGCGCUUCGGUGGCUUCCCUCUGGCUGUGGAGAGCAUUGGGCUUUAUUAGAGGAAUUACGACUGACACACAAUCGUCUGACUGUUUUACCUGUCACGAUGGGACUGCUACGUUCUUUACGAAGACUUCAUCUGUCGAACAACCGAUUAACGGCUCUACCUCUUGAACUUGGGGCUUUGACUCGUCUCCGGGAGCUGGACGUGUCUUGGAAUCAACUCACCAGCAUCCCCGAUGAGCUUGGAUGCCUUGAGUCGCUUACCUCGCUUGAUCUAUCACACAACGAGUUGUUGACAUUCCCUCGAACGCUAAUGAUGCUGACGCGCUUGACAAGUCUGCGUUGCUCGCACAACAGCCUCACGACACCACUCGAAUCGGGUCUGGGAGAUCUAACGUCUCUGCGUUACGUGGAUCUAGCGGAAAACCGCCUUGUCGAACUUGAGCCGUGUCUUUAUGAACUUCCAGAGGUGGAAGUGCUGAAUCUGUACGGAAACAGAAUAACGAUGCUACCUCGAGAGAUGGCCCAACACUGUCGUGCACUUCGUAAGCUGGACUUGUAUAACAACGGUCUGCACGCUCUUCCCUUGGAACUGGCUGACGGACUGUUCGCACAGCUUGACGUGAUUUCAAUUGGACGCAACCCGUUGACGCUUCUGCCGGAGAAAAUGAGCAGUACAUGGAAGAUGAAAGACCAGUACCAGACGAGCUUUGCGAAUGGAUAUACUCCUACCGAGACUAAGGCAUGGGUCGCAGAUAACAGGGUUUGUUACCCUGUAUUUGUACGGGUGUGGGAGGAGCUGAUGACGUGGCAACCACGCUACGAACGGCUAGCUCGUCACUACUUUUAUGAGUUUAAACACGUUGGUCACACUACGGUAUUCGACGCAUCGACUCAGCACGAGGUUGGGAAUCGAAAUCUACAAGUCGAAAGAGACUUGCAGCGUCAGCGGCUGGAGCGUGCGGGGUCUGCUAUUGAAGGAUGUGACCGCAUUCGAGCGCACUUAAAAGCUGUGUACCGUGCAGACGCAGAUGUAUUAGUGCCAGCUAUGAAACAUGCGCAUGAACGACGUGUUAAGCAUGAAAAGAAGCUCCUCAAACAGGCUCGACACGACGCACAGGAAAUCAACGCCGGGAUCAAAGAAAAAACAGAAGCUGCACAAGGAAAACACAAGGAAGCGCAGAAGCUUCAACGUACCGAAUUUGCAGAUGAAAUGAAGCGUCUUGCUCGUGAACGACAACAAAUGAAGCAGCAAAAGAGUUCGCUAAGAAAACCUAGCACCCGAAAGAUCGUGGCUACUGCAGAAGACUGCGAAGAUGACCCUGAACGUGAGCAUUGA